AUGGUAUUUCCUAAAAAUACCGAAAUAGAGUCACCAUCAAAUGCAGAUAUUGUUUGUCCAGAUGCUGUAUCAGUAUGUCCAGCAACUUCUACUUGUUGUAUUUCAACAGAGGGUGACUAUUCAUGUUGUCCAAUUCAAGAGGGAAUUUGUUGUUCCGAUCAUAAACAUUGUUGUCCAAAACACUAUAAAUGUGAUUUAAAAAUCUUUAAAUGUGAUCGUGUUUUCAGUGCGAAAAUGCUCGCUGUACAACCAUUAUUAAAUAAAAAUUGA